GAUCAGCUAUUUAAACGUUUAAAUAAAGGAAAACACUUCGUCCAAAAAAAUUGUACAGCAAGUAAGACAACCAGUUUAUCUUCCACAUGUCGCUUAAACGAGUAACAAAUUAUCGAUGCGCUUUGCGCUCGUUACUCUGGCUUAAAGGAAGCAGAUCAAAUUGCACAUCAACCUCAACUCCGAAUCAUUCGAGUUGGAACCAAGCCAUCAGCAGAGCCGAACAAAUUUGUGGUUACCAAAGGACGAUGUUCCAGCUUGGUGGCAUACCCUCGAUGGUCGAUACAGCAGGCGAUUUGACCCUUCCACCCAAUAUUCUUGAGCUGGUAAGCAAACUAGAAGGCAGUGAACACCCUCUGGUAUGCAUCAUAGCUGAAAAACUCGCCAAACCCACCGUCAUCCAAGAUUGGGAACUUUUUAUUUUGUUGAUGUCUAAAAGUUUCGGACAAUCAUCUUCGAUAAAAGAUUUUACCAGUGUUUUGGACUCACAACGCAUCAUGGCGAAAGUAGUGGUCAAAAUGUUAAUCCAAUAUCAUCUGCACCAGGCCGUUGUGAACUUACAGCCACUGCAAAAUGCUGGGAAUGAUCUCGAAACAGAAAAUGCGCUCGUAGUGGGUAACAAAAUAGCAGUUUUGGCUGGAGACUUAAUGCUGGCACAAGCUUUCCGAAACUUAUCGGACUUAAAAAAUCCGGAAAUUCAAGAACUGAUUGCAUUAGGAUGCCGAGAUAUGAUCGAGUCUCAUUUUCUAGGCAGGAGAGAUAAGGCAAACAAUCCCCUUCCAGUGAGUCCUGUUAAGAGGAGUUCACCGAAAAAGGAAAAUGAUUCUGAAUUAGAAGGGAACCCCGAGAAAGAGUGGACUCUUCACCACACUCUGGCAACUGGAAGCUUACUGGGAAAAUGCUGCCAGGGAGCUUUGAUAUUAGCUGGACACCCUAAAAAGUUACAAACCCAGGGGAACCUUCUGGGAAAGCACCUGGCUUUGGCUUGGAAAGCAGCCGAUGACAUAGCCUCGUUCUCAAAUUUCGCAAAAAAUGAAAAUUCAAAGUUCGACUUAAUUGCCGCACCGCUACUGUUUCAUUUGCAACAUGAACCUAGUUUGUAUGAAGAAAUAGAAAAGGAACAAGCGAUCGAUUAUGUCAAACUUUACAAGGCAGUCAACGAAGGGCCAGGGCUGGAGCAAACACGUCGAUUGCAGGACACACAUCGGCAAGCAGCGAUGGCAAUCGUAGAUAAGUUGGAACCAAGCAAUGCUCGAGAAGUUUUGCAGGACUUGGUUAUGGCUACCCGGAACCUUCAUGUCUAG